AUGUCCACUCCUCAAGUUCACCAUCUGUUCCAUGCUCCAAUCGCAGACCACUCAUUCUCCACCGACAGGCAGACACUUGCUGUCGCUCGGGAGAACAAUGUAGAGCUAUAUCAACAAUCAGGCAGCAAGUUCGCGCUGAGCGAUGAACUCAAGGGCCACGAGAAGACCGUCACCAGUGUUGACAUUGCUCCUAACAGUGGCCGAAUCGUGACUUGCUCGCAGGACCGUAAUGCCUACGUCUGGGAAAAGACCCCCUCCGGCUGGAAGCCCACCCUCGUCCUUCUCCGAAUCAACCGUGCUGCAACAUUCGUGCGCUGGUCUCCCUCUGAGCAAAAGUUCGCUGUUGGCUCCGGUGCUAGAGUGAUCGCUGUCUGUUACUUCGAGGAGGAGAACGACUGGUGGAUCUCGAAGCACCUCAAGAAGCCUAUUCGUAGCACCAUUACAACCUUGGCAUGGCACCCGAACUCAGUCCUGCUGGCAGCUGGAUCCACCGAUUCCCAUGCCCGCGUCUUUUCUAGUUUCAUCAAGGGCAUUGACACCCGCCCGGAGCCUAGUGCUUGGGGUGAGCGUCUGCCUUUCAACACUAUUUGCGGUGAAUACUUGAAUGAUACUGCUGGUUGGAUUCAGGGUGUCGCUUUCUCACCCAGCGGCAAUGCCCUUGCCUUCACUGGACACGAUAGCAGCGUGACUAUCGUCUACCCCAGCGCCCCAGAGCAGCCCCCACGGGCGAUGUUGAACAUCUCUACGCGUCUGCUGCCUCUCAACAGCCUCAUCUGGAACGGUGAGACGGAGAUUAUUGCAGCUGGACAUGACUGCGAGCCUUUCCGCUUCCGCGGCGAUGAGAAUGGAUGGCAACUUGCUGGGUCUCUAGAGAAGAAGGCCGGUGAUGCUAGUGGUGCUCGCGAGGAAUCUGCUCUGAACAUGUUUCGACAGAUGGAUCUCAAGGGCCAGUCCUCAGCUGAUACAAAGCUCAAGUCCACCCACCAGAAUACAGUGAACACCAUUCGGGUUCAUGAAGAAACCAACGGAGGUGUCAGCUCUUUCAGCACAAGCGGUAUCGAUGGUCGUGUGGUAAUCUGGUCCACGUGA